AUGUUCGACCUCCCAGACGCAAAACGCGUUCGUCGCGAUGAACUCCUCUCGCGAGAUUCGACUUCACGCUCACCCUCACCGCAACCGGACUCAUCGUUUCAAGACAUCCAUCAGCGUUUGGGCGCGCUCCUCAACCUUGAUGCAUUGAUAGCGCCUGCAGAAUCCACCGCUCCAGCACCCAGAUCACAGGAGGACGGCCAGCAACAAGAAGAUGAGGAGCAGGAAUUCGAGUUCCGUUUGUUUAGCGCCCCUGCUGCGCCAACAGCUACAACCAAGGACGAGAAGACGCCUGCGACGGAAGGUCGAGAUAAAGCAGUAAGCGGGGGUACCCAAAAAUUGAGGAUUCGGUUACGCUCGCCGACACCUGGAGCGGUGGAUGGGGAGGGACGAUUUCUUAAUCCCUUCCGAGGGUGGCAGUAUUACUUUACAACGCCGGAGCUGCUCACUGGGUCUGGUGCGAAGCAGGAUUCGGCUUCGACUUCGACCAUCAGGAGGAAGCAAUUCGAGGAAGUCGCUGUGACCGGUCAGCAGAUGCUGGGUUGGUCGGAGGUGUCCUGGCCCGGUUGCCAUCUACCAUGGCGAGUGAUCCAUCUCAAGCGGCAGCAUACCAAGUUACCUCCUGCAUCUGCAGAUCCGACUGCAGUCGCGACUAUUUGCGUUACGGACCCUCCGUUGAAAGACCCUAAAUCUCGAAAGAAGCCCGGCAAGAAGCGACGUAUCCAGUUGCGGAAGCGAGUAAAGUCCGCAGAGGAGGAGAAGCUGAAGGAGGCCGAGAAGCGAAAUCGCAAGAACCGGGAGAGGAAAAUCAAACGGAGACAGAAAGCACGAGAAUUGAAAGCUGCGGCUGCAGCUGCAUCGGGACAAAGUCAAGAUGUCGCGGAAAUGGAGAUGAAAGAUGCUUCUGAUGCGAGCGAUUGA